GCCGGGGCCGAGCUGAGCCGGUCCGCGCCCCGCGCGAUGGCGAACCCGUCGCAGUGGCUGGAGGAGGGCGCCGGGCGCUGGCCGCCGCGGCCGCCCGGGCCGUACAGCGAGGCGCAGCGGCUGGCGCUGGAGGAGCUGGUGGCGGGCGGCCCCGAGGCGCUGCGCGCCUUCCUGCGGCGGGAGCAGCUGCCGCCGUUCCUCUCGGAGCCCGAGGUGCAGGCGAUCGCGCGGGGCGCGCUGCCGCCCGCCGCGGCCCCGGAGCCGGCGGCCGAGCCCUUCGCCGGCGCCUCUCUCGACGCCUCGUCGCUCACCUACUUCCCCGAGCGCUCGGACCUGGAGCCGCCGGCGCUGGAGCUGGGCUGGCCGGGCUUCGCCAGCGGCGCCUUCCGCGGGCUCACGCGGGUCGAGGCGCACUUCCAGCCCGGCUGCGGGGACAGCAUCUACGGCUGCAAGGAAGCGGUGCGGCGCCAGAUCCGCUCCGCGCGGCAGGUGAUUGCCCUUGUGAUGGAUGCCUUCACAGAUACUGAUAUCUUCAGUGACCUUCAGGAUGCCUUUAACAACCGCAAAGUCCCUGUCUACAUCCUUCUUGACCAUGACUCUCUACCCCAUUUCUUGGAAAUGUGCAACAAUCUGGGAGUCUGUCUUGAGCAUCAAAGUCUGCUGAGAGUUCGAGCCCUCACUGGGAGCACAUACUACCUGAGAUCAGGUGCCAAAAUUGUUGGGAAAGCCCAUGAGAAGUUCAUGUUAAUUGAUGGCAUUAGAGUGACAACAGGUUCCUACAGUUUCACAUGGUCCGAUGGGAAGCUGAACAGCAGUAACUUGCUGCUGUUGUCAGGGCAAGUGGUUGAACACUUUGACCUCCAGUUCAGGAUUCUCUAUGCCCAGUCAAUGCCCACAGGCCCUAAGUCCAGCUGCAGGAGCAGUGGGAUAUUCAAUCACCUGGUGAGCAGAAUAGAGUCCUCUAAAGAAUGUACUGUGGAAGGCAACUUGAGAGCAGAAUUUGUCAGAUUGUCUAGUACUCCAAAGAAACUAUUGAAAGAACCAGAUCAGGCUGAAGAUAGUUCUGGAGAAAACUCUUGUAACCUGGGGCAUUCUUGCCUCUCUGAAGAGGCAAUCGAGUUCAGCAAUCGAGUGGCUAUUGUGGAUCGGAGAAGCUCAUCAACUCAAACUGGCCCAUGGGAAGAGAAGCCAGCAGCAAUUGUGUGUAAUGCUGCCACGCAGACCUAUUUUGUGACAGCAGAAACUGGCACGCAGACAUCAGUCACUGCUAGAGUGAUGGGCACUCAGACUUCAGUCUUGUUGAAAACUGCAGUGACACAGACAAGGGAAAGUGAGUACACAGAAACACCUGUGCUUCACAGAAAGUUGUCAAAAGAAGGAUCUUCUCUGUCUGGAAAGGCUGUAUCAAGUUCUAGUCUAUGGUCACUGUCUUCAUCCUCAUCCCAGUGCUCUCUUGCCAGCUCUACUGGCUCGGUAUCUUCUCUACGGUCCUUUGAAUAUCCUGUCCAUCACAGGGCAGAGUAUUUCCAAAAGCUGCACAAGGAGAGGCAGUUCCAUUACUCCACUAUCAGGUCGAAGCUGAGCCACAUGGUACAUAUCCUAUCCCGGAGGGGCCGUGAGCAUGAAAGCUACAUGCCCCAGUACAUGGGAAGAUGCCACCUAAAACAGAGGCGUGACAUCAGUGCCAGCUUGCGCAGCCUCCGGGACCUUUCCCUCUAUUCUCUGAAUAAACGAUGACUCCACUGAAUGCAGAACAUGGAAUCUCCAGUCUCAAACUGCAGUCACUCUGUUCCUGCUGAUUACUCCACUUACUUACAGGACUUUUCCUUUUCUUAAUACACAUGUACAUCCCCCUCCAGCACUUUUAUACUAUGUAGUUUAAGCAAUAAAAAAAGAGGUGUUUAUUUGUAUA